AUGACUGCUGCUAACCUGCUAAACGCUCUACGACGGUUCUUUGCUAGGAGAGGUGUCCUAACCUCGAUCACUUCGGACAACGGGCCCUAUUUUCUUCUAGGAGAGCAGAUUCUCCAGGAUGCUGUACUGCCGGUCAUCAACGACAAAUCCUUUGCCAACGCCAUGGCUACAAAGGGAAUCACGUGGAAGACAAUCACGCCGUACGCUCCGUGGCAGGGAGCUUUCUAUGAGCGUUUGAUCAAAUCUGUUAAACAUUCCCUUUACAAAGUCAUUCAAGGAAGGGUCCUAACGAAGUCAGAAAUGGAAACCUUGCUGAUUGAGAUUGAAGGCAGUCUCAAUACAAGACUGCUGUCAUAUCAGGAACAGCAUUGGGAUGAAACUCCGAUUUUGCGACCGAUCGACUUCAUACAACGUGACAUAGUGAUCACAUUCCCUUUUGAAACAUGUAGCACCGGAAGUGAGGAUGAAAACUAUCUUCCGCCUGAGGAGAAAAUUGCAUUUCGAAACUGUCGCCAAGCGGAAGAGGCUCUUAAAUCAAGUCACGAGUAUACGGAGCCUGGAAAAUAUGGAGUCAACAAAAUCUUAGCAGUCUUCGAGAAACUCACAAACUCGAGAUAA